AUCUAUCUAUCUAUUUGAGAGAGGCUGUAAGAAUGAAGAACAGUAUAUAUCUAGGUAGAUACUCAACACUACACAAGUUCUGAAAGCAAAACAAUGAUUUUUCUUCUAUAUCUCCUCAGCAGUUUAUUUAUGUUUACUGUAGGGGAAGCGGACACCUGUUUUUUCUCUUACAAUCUAGAUUCAACUACUCAGUCCCAGGUGUUUGGACCCCAUCUGUUGGAUGUGGAAACCCCCUGUCUUAUCUGGUUUAAAACUGAAAAAACUGGAUUUUUCCGGCUAGACGUAAACAAUAAAAUAUUUGCUUCUAAGCGAGAGAAGAAAAGUUGUCUGAGUGAAUAUGUUGUAAUACAAUCCUCCAACACAUACGCUAAACUCUGUCACAGUAAUGUAACUAAACCUGUAGAAAUCAAAGAUUUUACAGGUGAGGUGACUGUUCUGAUAAAGUGGGUUGGCGUACUUGACCCAUCUACAUCCUACCUUGGCAGGUUUAGUUUUGAAGAGGAUCUAAAGGCUGGGGGUACUGCUGGGGAUGAUGUAUCUGCUAAACUAUCUGAAACUAUUGCUGCAAAGCUGAAGAAGUAUAUGACACAGAAGGAUCAAAAGCAUCGGCUUCAGGAUAUUGAUAAAUAUCAGUUUAAAACUUCAGUUGAAUGUGGGAGAGACCAAGGAGUUAUGUGCAAACAUUCAAGGUUCUGUGCUGAUCUGAAUGCAGGAACUACAUGUAACUCUUCUCUGUACCUCUGCCUGCCCUCUAGUGUUGCCUGUGACGGAGUAUUUGAUUGCCUAGAUGGGGAUUUAUCUGACGAAACAGGAUGUUACCUGCCCUAUGUCCUAUUUUCUACUGGUGGUGUGGUGUUAACAUUAACACUGCUAGGGAGUGCAGCGUGUUUUAUUCAACAUCAUAAAGUAAUGUCAAGGAAUGAUAUGGUGAGGUUUAACAAUGACCUUGUGAGAAGGAAGGAUAAGGUCAAGGCCAGGAAAGCUGACCUCUACUCAAACAAGCCAAAACGCGGAAAAGAAAAAUCUGUCAAAAAAGAGGAUUCGUUUUCAAACAAUGGAAAACGUCAGGGUGAGAAGAAUUCCCAAUUGAGUAUCCCCACAACCUCCAGCUCCCAUACCUCUAAAGAAGGAGGAGCAGGGAAGCAAUCUUCUACCUCCGGUGGAGCAACUGCAUUUAAAACUCCAGGUCCGGUAACACAUACAUCAAGCUUGCCACCAUCUGGUGCUCGGAAACCUAUUGAACCUGCUGUAAUAGCUUGUAAACCUGGGGCUGCACUUCAGACAGCUGAAGAGUUUGAGAUGAAGCCCCCAGCUCCCACCUUAGCAUCAAUUGAUUUUAAAGGGGAUCAAGAUCUGCAGAGAAAUGUUAAAAUACCGGAGUGUGCUCAGAGCGCCAUUUUGACACCAGCACCCAAAGAAUCAGCAGUGAGAAAAACCGGGUUUUGUCAGGAAACUCCUUGUAUAAGCUCCGAAAGGGUUCAAGAAAAUGGAUCAGCUGACUCCGCAGAAAGGAUUAACAAGAAUGGAUCAAAGUUAGAUCUAACUCAGUUGGAUGAACGAACAAAAUCAAUACCUAGAAAAGAAAGGAAAAUAUUGGCAGACGAAAAGGAAAUUCUAAGAGAAAUCCGGCAAAGGGAAAGUGUGAAUGUAGGAGCUGCAGAAAAACCCUUAUACUUAGGACCAAAUGACAAAUAUGAAAUGAACGGAACGGAACCAAUUGUUACUCAAUCUCAGCUUGAACGUUUGGAACAAGUUGGAAUCACUCCUAUUAGACGACCUAUUAUCAGAGAUGACAGUCGUGAUUCUCUGAUAAACUCACAGGGGUUGGAAGACACAAGCAGGACCGGAUAUGGAUACAGGUUCGAUUUCCGGGGAAGUCACGAGUUCGAGUUCACCGAAGAUGCUUAUAUCUAGAAUUCGAACGGAAAUCCUUGAAAAAAACUAAUAGCAGAAAUGUUGAAAAAAAAUAUUUUAGAAGCCAAAACAUCAAGAGACAAAAUGUAUAGUCAUAAAUGAAUCAAGCCAUGAAAUUUAAAAACCUAUGUAAAUGUGCUUCUAGAUAUGUGUAAAUAAAUGUAAUUCUAGA